AUGUCUUUUAUAAAUGGACCAAAAUGGACUAACAACAAAAAUCAAAAAUAUCAUUACAACCUUAGAUUUUUUCUUUAUUUUAGUCAACUUGAAAUCGCAGGCGUGGAUACAGACAUCAUGAAGCCACUUUUCCAAAGACAACCUGAAACUAAACGACCAGCCUUGGAGCUUCCAAAUCUCAGUCCAGGCGAUUCCAAAAAUACCAAAAUUUCCAACGAUGAUAAAUCAGCAGGAGUGACUCGUAAUGCUGCCAGUGCUGGUGGUAGAAGUAUUUGGACUUUGGAUCGUCCAAGAGUGAAUCCGGUCCUGUUUUUGAACCAGGAUGUGGAUCAGUUGAAGAGCUAUGUGAGGUCUGUCGAUCAACAAACAGUAUUACAACAAACCAUACAGUAUUUACGGCCAACUUUAGAAGCCGAGAUGCAAACUCUUUCGUCUUCGGGGAAGGAAAAUUUUAAAAUUCAUAGGUCUGAUAAAGUGAAUCAUCUAUCAAUAGCAUCAAGUCUUCAAAAUUCACCAAAAAAACAGAACUUCUUAACGGAUUUCAACUCCUCGAGCACCACAAAAAGUGUAUCAGAACCUUGCUCGAAAGUGAGCUCACCAGAAAGAGGAAGGAGUGCUGCUUCAGCAGACGAGGAUUGUGAUAGUUCGAGUGAUAUUGAUAAGCAAAUCUUAUCCGGGAGCCCGUGCACCCUCAACAAGGAAUCAUACAGAGCAUUUUUGUACAUUUUGUUAAACGUCUACGCUGCCUACGACACCGGCCUGGCAACUGGUGCUUCUCUUCGGCUCCGUGUCACUAAUCGCACGAGCGCCGCAGAGGUCGUCGAGCUGGUCGUCCGCCAACUGCACGUCGCCAGCGUCCUCCGCGGCGGACGGGGCCUCCUUAACGGCAAGACCAACAUCCCGAACACGUCCAGGGGACUCAGUCUGCCCGGAGAUAAAUUUCCCGCCACGUCCAAAACUCAUCAGCCACCGUCUGAACUGACGACGACCACUACUACAUAUCCGACGAGACCGACGUUUUUCACGAGCGAGCUGAAGACCAACAGGCCGAGUGGAAGUAAAUUUGGUGCGAGUGCAGGAGAUGGUAAGAAUUUGAAUCUGAGUGCUCUGUCGGGAGGCGUUAAGGAGAAGGCUAAGGAGUUUUGUCUGGUUGCCGUUAUCGGAGCCAGGGAGAGGAGGCUGAGAGAUGAUUUCAGGCCGUUGCAGUUGCAAGAUCCUUGGAUGAAGGGACGUCUGUACGUCCGACACAGAAAAGACACAUUGGCUGCCAUUGAACACUCCACUAGACAUAAAGAUGUUGUUUAA